GCUCUAACAAUGAUUCGAUAUGGCAUCGAACGGUGGCGGGAGUGUCUGUGGGCAGAUCGACCCGAAUACAUCCACUGAACAGGCUCCAUAUGAACACGGCCGAGCCGUGAGCGGGAUCUGGAGUGAACUCUUUCCGGCACCCGAGAUCGCUACUGAGAAGACAGCCACUAGCAAACAGCUCUGGCAAGAUCCUCCCGACAACGCUGAAUCUCGUGCAUCUGAACAGCCGGCAAAGCCAGGCUUUUUUCAGAGAGGUGCAAAGAAGCCCCGACCCAAAUUGUCCUAUUCACAACUGACUGGCUACGAUGGACAACGAUUCGACCCCCUUCAGGGGACAAACUUUAAUACGGCCUCCGCCCUCAGCGAAUCAGCUGGCCCCACCGGUACUGAGCUGGAAGAUCCCCAAGGGAACACUGAUACUGAGAGGCAAACCGCCACAGAGUCAAGGAACAAACUGUCUUCUCGCUGCUCAAUACUCUGAGCUCGGCUUUUUGAACCGAG